AGUCCAUUGAGGAAGUAACAGAUUUUUCAACCUGCAGGUUUCAGUCUGGAAACUCAAGACUGGAUCACGGUAUGUGCCCACCCAUUGUAGACAUGGGCAGCUUGCCGCCAUGUAAUCCACUACUGGUUUAAAAGCUUAUGGCCCCCAGAGAACAGCACAGUAUACAAUUCCCCAUCAAGUCCACUCUGAAGCACACAUCUCUCGGCUGCUGCUGAUGCAGUAUCACUCACUAUCCUCCUCUCAACUGGACUUAUUACCUGUACAGGUGCUGCAUCUUAAACAUGUCAGACACAGAAGAAGCCACAUAUGAGGGGCAAGAAGAGGAGGAGGAAGAGGUGGAAGAGGUAGCAGAGGAAGAGGAGUUAGUACAGGAGGAGGAGGUGGAAGAUGCUGCAGAGGACAAUGAAGGAGAAGAGGCAAAGCCCAAGUCAAAACCUGGUUUUGUGCCUGGCUUGGCAGCUCCUAAAAUCCCAGAGGGAGAAAAAGUGGACUUUGAUGACAUUCAUCGAAAAAGAAUGGAAAAGGACCUGACAGAGCUCCAAACCCUGAUUGAAGCUCACUUUGAGAAGCGUAAGAAGGAGGAAGAAGAGCUUCUUAAUCUCACAGAUCGUAUUGAGAAACGCAGGUCAGAGAGAGCAGAGCAGAUGAAGAUCAGGGCGGAGAGAGAAAGAGAACGACAGAACAAAGCAGCUGAGGAGAAAGCGAGAAAAGAAGAUGAAGAGGCAAAGAAGAAAGCAGAAGAUGAUGCCAGGAAGAAGAUGAUUUUGUCCAAUUUGAGUUUCACUGGAUACAAGCAGACUCAGACUGGGCCCAAAAGACAAACAGAAAGAGAAAAGAAGAAGAAGAUCCUAAAUGAUCGGCGCAAAGAGUUAAAUGUUGAUCACAUGAAAGAGGACAAACUCAGGGAAAAAGCUAUGGAACUGUGGGAAUGGAUACGCCAGCUGGAGGCAGAGAAAUUUGAAUUUCAGUAUAAGUACACAAAGCAGAAGUAUGAGAUCACCGUGCUGAGAAACCGGGUCAGUGAUCAUCAGAAAAUCUCAAAGGGUGGCAGAAGCAAGCGUGGCCUGAGGAAGUAACAACUGACAUCAACCGACCUGAGGAAUACUGGCAACAUCUUACCUUCAUGAAACUAUUGGCAGUAACAUAAACCACAAAACAAUGUUUUCUAAAUACUUGAACAUGCGAGAACAAAUUACAAUUCCAAAAUUAAGACGCUCUUAAAUGUUUUAUCUGUGAAGAGAAGUGCAAGCAAGUUCAUCUACAGUAAAAUAGUAGUACAGUAGCGUGUCUUGGAUUGCAGACUUGUUUCAGCUUGUGUUUAUUCAACAGGAGGUGUGGAAAGCGAUCAUAAUGACUUAAGUGCCUGAAAGGAUAAUAAUAUGGUAAAAUUAAUACAUUUAUUUAAUACAUAAUUAAUACAAUCCAAAUUGUAGGUUCUAGAUUUUUAGGGUACUAAAAGCAAAGUUGAGACUAAUUAACUGGAUCUUGUGUGUUGCAGUGAAUUAAAAAAAUCUUUCUUUAACAAAUCAGAAAUUGCGUUCUCUUUCUCUGAAGUCUUUGGCUCCUUCACUUGUGGGAACUUGAAGAUGAGCAUUAACUGGAAAUUAUAAUAAACCACACCUUGUUUAAUGAGUUCAAGUUGUGAUUACCAGUACCAAAAUGUGGCUUAUUUUGACAAAACAGUUAUUAUGUUUGGCAGAUUCAGUUCAGUUCAUUUUUACUUCUUCUGCCUUUUGAUAUCAGAUACACAUGCCCACAGUGUUAUCAGCUUUCUAGAAAAUGAUCACAUAUGAACAAUAUAAAUCUAUCACAAUAAAAUGAAAUAGAUAUGAAAAAUGAUCAGCUGUGCCAAAGGCCUCAUAAAUCUAAAUAUCACCCAUGACCCCAGAAUUCCUCCAUGGCUGCUUGGUGGAUUAUGUGGUAUGAAAUGUGGAGGACUAAAGUUCAAUUUAAGCCAAAAAUUACAUAAUGCUCCAAGUGCAACAACAGCUGCA